AAGAACUAGAAAUAAUUGUACAAGUAGAAAUUAUUACAAGAGAACUAUUUAUAACCAAUCUUAGAAAUCUUACACAAGAAAGAAACAUUCAAGAAUAUAAGAAUAUUCUUAAUAAUAUUCUUAAUGAAGCAAGAAACUUAACCACAGAAGAACAUAACAACACUACUCAACCAAGAACAGUCUUUGACUGGCUACCUUGA